UUGCGGGGAAAAUGAAGACUUGGGCAUUUAUUCUCCUGAUGGGAACAGUCUGCAGCCUGUCCUUUGGAUCUUUGUAUGGUCCCCCUGACUCCUGCAAAGGGCGUUGUAAUGAGAAAUAUAACCCCGAGGAUGUUUGCCAUUGCAACAGUAAAUGCAAAACGCAUCAGAACUGCUGUGAAGACUACAAGACCUAUUGUGGGCAAGGUAAUACAGAUGAAAAAGAAAUGGGAGGUUUUUCCAGUAGUGAUGAUGCAAUCAACAAUGAAGAACUACAGCAAGCAUCUGAGCAGCUUUACCAAAGUGACCACAACCGGGCACAGGAGUCUGACAUUAUCCUUAACAAGCAACACGUAGCCUCAAAUACUAAGGAUCAGGAAGACCAGUCUCCAGAACCGCUCUUCAAGUAUGUCAAUGAGAAGAAGCUCUUCUCUAAACCAACAUAUGCCAGUUUCAUUAAGCUUCUGGAUAACUAUCAUAAAAAGGUUGGGACGGAGGAAGAAUUCACAGCAGACCAGCUAAAGGAACAGGACAAUUUCCUCCAGGAGAUCAUGAAGACAGAAGUCAUGAAAGAGCUGUACAACUUCUUUCACAACAAAAAUCGCUAUGACACAGAGUCAGAAUUUGUUGCUGAUCUGAAGAUGAUGUGGUUUGGGCUUUAUUCUCGGGGGAACGAUGAAGGUGACUCCAGUGGCUUUGAGCACGUUUUUACAGGUGAAGUCAAGAAAGGAAAGGUAUCUGGAUUCCACAACUGGAUUCGUUUUUACAUUUUAGAGAAACAGGGUGUUAUCAACUAUUUGAGCUACAACUAUGAUGGGCCGUGGACCUCGUAUCCAGAUGUGCUGGGAAUGCAGUUCAAUUGGGAUGGAUUUUACAAGGAAGUUGGUACAUCAUUCAUUGGAAGCAGUCCUGAAUUUGAGUUUGGCCUCUAUUCGUUGUGCUUCAUUGCUAGGCCAGGGAAAGUAUGUCGCCUGAAAAUUGGAGGUUAUGAUUUGGGGAUCCAGACAUAUACUUGGGAUAAAUCCACCUACGGCAAUGGGAAGAAGUACAUAGCCACAGCUUAUGUGGUGUCCCCAUGAGAUGACAAGAGACUGAGUGUGAAACAUCCAAAGUGACUUGCUGCAAUCCACAUGACUCCAACUGUACCCUUGUUUCCACCAGCAGACGUUCUGGAAUGGGUCAGUUCUCUGAUCAUCCAGUUCUACAUUAAUGUUUGUUUGCCCAGGUCAUGUGGAGUCUGCCACUGGGUGCUGAGGUUGGAGCUCUGUAAGUCUUUGGACCUUGGAAUAAUAUACAUUGUGCUCUGAGUGAGUGUACGUCAUACUUCAGAGGCAAAAUUCAUAUUUGAUCAAAUUCCGAGGAUAUGCCUGAGAAAUUUUAGUAAAAUAUUUGUUUUUGGACAGCAAACAACGAGGAGGAGGAGUGACGGUGGCAGGAAAAUGCUGAAUACAGUCAAGUUUCUAUAUCUACGGCUUCUACAUCCAUCAAUUCAACUAUCCACAGCUUGAAAUUUUUUUUUAAAAAAAAUCCAAAAAGCAAACCUUGAUUUUUCCAUUUUAUAUAAGGGACACCAUUUCAGUAUGACAUUGCAUCUAAUAGGACUUUUGGAUCCAGGGAUUUUUUUUAAUCCACAGGAGGUCCUAGAACCAAAUACUAGCAGAUACCAGGAUCCCACUGUAUUCUAUUAACCAAAACAAAAAUCUGAGGUCAAAUGGAGAUUCCUACUUAGAAAAAACCACUUAGAAAUUUCAGAAAUAAAAUCCUCCCAAAUAUUUUUUGAUAAAGCAAAGAAAAUUUCUCAAGAAUGUUACACUCCACUGCCUGUAAUUCAACAAGUUUCAGUUUACUGUGAUGUGACAAGAUUUCUUCCUUGUCUCUUUAUCAUUUUCACAUUACCAGUGUCAUGCCUGAUUCACU